CACACACACACUCCUUUCUCUAACACUCACACUCUUACUCACACCCUCACUCUCUCAAACAAGCACUCUUCACUUCUAGUUGCCUUUUUGGACUAGUGUGUUUUUUAUUUUUUGUUUUUUUCUACACUGCCGUCACUGACCUUCUGAGCUGAGUGGAUUUACUUUUAUCCUGUGGCGGACCAUGGGGCUAGGGUGGAGGGGUGCAGCAGGGACCCUCAGAAUAAGGACAGAGGGGAGCUGGUACCUUUUGGUGACAUUGCUGCUGCUCUGUGGUUUCUGGGAGGCUCACGCUCAGACAGACGAUGAGAAGUCUGUCUACUUCUGGGAAACAGGUCCAUGGGGCCGAUGCAUGGGCAGCGACUGUGGCCCCGGCGGCAGCCAGAGCCGAGCGGUGUGGUGCGCCCAUGUGGACGGCUGGACCACGCUCCACACCAACUGUGACCAGGGCCAGCGCCCGUCCAACCAGCGGAACUGUUUCCGUGUGUGUGACUGGCACAAGGACCUUUAUGACUGGCAACUGGGUGCCUGGAAUGUGUGUGUGCCAGUUUCAGCAAGGACCUUAUGGGCCUCGCGGCCGUUCACAUGUAGUGGAGCCGAAGAGGGCAUUCAGACCCGGGAGGUGGGCUGCAUUCUCAAAUCAGAGGAGUCUCCAGCAGAGGAUUCCAUCUGUGAAUACUUUGAGCCCAAACCUCGCCUGGAGCAGGCCUGUUUAAUCCCUUGCCCUCAGGAUUGUGUGGCUUCUGAGUACUCGCCAUGGACGCCCUGCUCCAAAACAUGUGGAACAGGCCUCAAGACCAGGGUCCGCAGUGUCCUGGUCCCUCCACUUUUUGGAGGCUCACUUUGUCCCAACCUUACUGAGUUUAAGUCUUGUAAACCAGGGCCUUGCACAGGUCCAGAGGGCAUGUACAGUCUCAGGAUUGGACCCUGGAACCCCUGUGUCCUCCCUGUGAUUCGGACAGAACGCCAGGUUAAGCGCAGGAAAGGUAAAGAUCAGGGGGUCAGGGAGAGAGCUGGAGUCAAAGAUCCAGAGACCAGAGAGCUCAUCCAGAAGAAACGAACCAGGAACCGCCUUAACCGGCAAGAGAGUCCGUUCUGGGACAUCCAGGUGGGCUACCAGACUCGGGACGUGACCUGCAUUCAUCGGAACGGGAGCAUCGGUGCACGCAACCUAUGCACAAUGAGAGACCUGCCGCUGACUGUCCAGUCCUGCGUCCUUCCCAAAGACUGCCAGCUGACCGACUGGAUCCAGUGGGGCCCCUGCUCUAAAACCUGCUUGGACCCCGAGUCUCCCAUAGGCAAUCGCACUCGGAGCAGACAGGUGGUCCAGUUCCCUGUGGGCGAGGGGGCGGACUGCACACCUCUGGAGGAGUUGGAGUCAUGUGAACCUCUGGGUGAAAGCGUGCCGCCCUGCGCAACCUACACCUGGAGGAGCACCGAGUGGAGCGACUGCCGGGUUGACUCGUUGCUAAGCCAACAGGACCGUAGACGUGGCAACCUGACAGGUCUCUGUGGGGGAGGCUUACAAACCAGAGAAGUUUACUGCGUCCAGGCCAAUGCUGAGCUUCUCAAAUACCUCAACGACCUCAAAGAAAAGGAGAAAGCGGGUCAGACCCAAAGACAGCAGAAGCCUAGUGUCCCCCCUCUCCUCUCCGUCACCUUCCAGAUCACAGCCUCCCUCCCAGUGGAAAACAAGCUGUGCGAGGGUCCGAUUCCCAACAGGUCCCAGCUUUGCCAAAUCCCCUGUCCAAUCGACUGUGAGGUUUCCCCUUGGGGGGCCUGGGGGCCGUGCACCUUCGAAAACUGUGAUGAUCAGGCUGGAAAGAAAGGAGCGGAAGUGGACAGGAAGCUCUGCACGUCCUCCCCGGCUCCAGAGCCCGUGGCCUGUGAGGUGCCUUGCUCAAGAGACUGCGUGCUCAGUGAUUGGACACCCUGGACCAGCUGCUCCCAGACCUGCUCCAGUAAGACCAUCGAGGGGAAGCAGAUGAGGACGCGCUCCAUCCUGGCCUACAACGCCGGGGAAGGUGGAGGUGCAUGCCCGAACAGCAGUUCCCUUCAGGAGGUUCGGAACUGUAACGAACACGCCUGUACGGUUUACCACUGGCAGACGGGUCCUUGGGGCCCUUGUACCGAAGACCCCUCCGCUUCAACCCUAAACACCUCCACGGCAGUCGGAGCCAGCGGUGGUGGUGGUCCCUGCUCCACGGGAAUGCAGACUCGUAAGGUCAUCUGCGUCCGAGUCAACGUUGGACAGGUGCCCCCCAAGAAGUAA